AUGGGUCUUUUUGAUUCUGCUCCGCGCGUGCUCAUCGCCGCCACGGUAUUGCGCCUCGUCUUGCUCGUCUACGGCGGCUGGCAGGAUGCCAACUCCGCUGUGAAAUACACCGACAUCGAUUACAUGGUAUUCACUGAUGCGGCCCGCUAUGUCUCAAAGGGCGAAUCGCCUUAUGCGAGAGAUACCUAUCGAUACACCCCCCUUUUGGCGUGGAUGCUUCUUCCAACGGCUUGGGAGGGACCGGCCCCCUGGUCCACCUUGACUUUUGCAUUUGGCAAGACACUUUUUGGCUUAGCUGAUGUGCUUGCUGGGUGGUUGGUUGUUCAGUUGUUGAGGCAAUGUUAUGCUUUCCCAACUGAGCGCGCGCUGCGAUAUGUGGCUGCAAUUUGGCUGUGGAAUCCUAUGGUUGCUAAUAUUAGUACCCGUGGAAGCUCGGAGGGGCUUCUUGGUGUGCUUGUUGCUGCCUUGUUGUGGGCUACCUUGACGCAGAGAGCUAUUCUGGCCGGUGUCAUUCUUGGUCUUGCUGUUCAUUUCAAGAUCUACCCCUUCAUUUAUGGAGUGUCUAUCCUCUGGUGGUGGGAUGCUCAGCGCGAUGGUGCCCCUCCCGCCACGAAGACCGGCAUAUUUGCCCGGAUCACAUGCUUCGUUACUGCUUCUCGAGUCAAGUUGACUAUGGCUGCUCUCGUCACCUUUGUGGUGCUGAACUUGGUCAUGUAUAUUCAGCAUGGCAUGCCGUUCCUCCAUCACACCUUCCUCCACCACCUUACGCGCAUUGAUCAUCGUCACAACUUCUCCCCGUAUAGCACUUUGCUAUACCUCACAUCUGCAGAUGUCGUGACGUUCCAUUUCGAGACCGUUGCAUUCUUGCCCCAGCUACUGCUUGCUGUAGUUGCCCUCCCCCUGGUAUUGGCAAAGAAGAGCCUGGCCACCGCUAUGCUUGCUCAGACUUUUGCCUUUGUCACCUUUAACAAAGUCUGCACUAGUCAGUACUUCAUCUGGUACCUUAUUCUUCUCCCAUUCUACCUACCCUCCUCCUCGCUCAUCCGCAAGCCCACAUUGGGUAUAUCGGCUGCAAUUUUCUGGGUCCUUGGACAGGCUCUCUGGCUCUCCCAAGGCUACAACCUUGAAUUCCUCGGUCUUUCAUCCUUCGUGCCCGGGCUCUUCCUUGCAUCUGUAUUUUUCUUCAGUGUCAACGUCUGGAUUCUGGGUAUUAUUGUGAACGAUGGCGGCGCAUCCGAGGACGGAAACGACCAGGUUCAAAUCAAGUAG